UUUCUCGGUAGCGUUCUAGAACCACAAAAGCUUCAAACUCUAUUUCUGCUGCGUGUGUAAAGUGGGAGUAAGAGAAAUUAGAAUUCGAUAUUUUCAUUUUGGGGAUCUUCAUCGCUUGCUCCAAUCAUUGCAAAAUUGGCUAGAAAUCCCACCUUUGGUAAACAUUGUCAACUUCUUAAACUCUUGCAUCCACAAUAUCAUUCAUACAUAUCAAGUCUUCCCUCGAAAAAGUUACUUCUGCACGCUGUUUUAGUCAUUAAUCCGAAAUAUAGACAAACCUCGCCAUCAUGUCCGGGUUUGAUAUUGUGGUUACAGAAACGACGGCCGUUGAGCUAGAAGUUGAUCCCGCAGUUGCCGAUACAUAUUACUCCGAUAGUGAAGAAGAAUAUGGCGCGGAUACGACGAGGACGUUUCAUGAAGAUAAAGAUACAAAAUAUAAAUUACCUAUCGAUAAGUUCGAACAAGAUAGAUUAGAUCUUCAGCACCAGAUGCUGAAAGUUAUGAUGGAUGAGAAAAUAUACUUAGCACCUAUAAAUUCGGAAGAGAUGAAGCAUGUCCUAGAUGUUGGGACUGGACAUGGGAUUUGGGCAGUGGAAUUUGCUACUGAGUUCCCAAAUGCGCAAGUCAUUGGAACCGACCUUAGCCCUUCGACACGUGAGAGUAAACCCGAAAAUUGCAAAUUUGUUGUUGCUGAUGCCGAGGAAACAUGGGAUUUUCCACACAAAUUUGACUUCAUUCACAUGCGUGAUCUGAUGAUGUGUUUCAGUGACCAGAAAGAGGUCUUCAGGUCGGCUUAUAAUGCCCUUGAGCCUGGCGGUUAUUUCCAGAUUCUUGAUGCGAAACUGCCGCUAGAUGCCAUUGACGACUCAAUGGAAAACAGUGCAAUUACCAAAUGGUUCGAAGCAUGUGUUGAAGCGGCCGAGGCCGGCAAUAGACCUUGGACUAACAUUUCAAAAUACAUGGAGUGGUUGGAAGAUAUUGGGUUCGAAGAGGUAACAGAGACAAUCUACCACAAUCCGAUAAAUGAUUGGCCGAUAGGGGCAAAAGAGAAGAGAAUCGGUGUAAUGAUGCAAAAGGACAUAAAGCGAUGGUUGUAUUCAACCACGCGGACUUUGGUAGAGGGAUCAAAUAUGAAUGAGGCAGAGGUCAAGGAAUUACUUUCCAGCGCAAAGGAAUCUGGGAGGAACAGGAAUGUUCACGCAUAUAUUCCUAUUUAUGUUGUAUGGGGUAGAAAGCCCUUCCCGAGCGAAACAUGA